AUGAGGAGAGUCAAGCAGAGAACUAAAAAGAUAAUGAGACUUAAUAAAGGAUCGGACACUCAAAUUCAUCGAAACGAAAUAAAUAUGUUUUUUCGUAAAUUACAACAAGUAGUAGAAGAAUCUCGUAAUGAUCAAAUAAAUAAUGGCCAAAUCUCGCAAGACCGGACUUUAAUUCAUACCAAUAAUAAGAAAAAGACAUUGCCAGAAAAAGAUUCUACAUUCGUCCAAACGAACAUUUGCAACGAAAGCCACAAUAAUUAUACGUGUCGUUGCAAAUACUUUUCGGAAAUACCGUCGAAUGUGUUUCCGCCAUUUUACAAGAGGAUACCCAGCUUUCUAGGACAAUAUGAGGUUGAAGUAAAUUUUAUUCAGGCUAUAGUUUGGUUGAAAUCCGUCACUGCCAGUAUUACUCAAAUACCAGUCGAGAAAUUGCAACAGUUAUUUGAUAAGCAAUGCAAUAUGCGCGAUAACUAUAAUUAUGAUGAAAAUAGGCAGACCAAAGAUGUUCAUGUUGAAUCGUCAUUAACUAUUCCUAUAAAUAAAACUCCAUCAAUUGAAGAGAUGCUCAACAACAGCGAAGUAUUCAUAACAUCGAGUUCUGAGAAUAUUUUCGAUUCCUCAUGUAAUAUUAUAUCACCAAUGAUUUAUAAAUCAUUUAUCGAUCCUGAAGAUAUACAAAGCGAAACAUUUGACUUUAAAUGCUCUUCAAAAGAUCGAAAUGAAUCGAUCGCAGAGCUUUCAAAGCCAGAAGCAAGUAGCGGUUACGUCAUGAAAAAUCAAAAAAAGAAGAAAGAAUUUUUAUCAAAAUCCUAUAUAAAUCCGGAUUUAAAUGAAGAUUCCUUGUCGGAUUUGAAUGACUUAUUUGAGGAAUCUGAUGAUAUGCAAGAAUAUCAAAGUUUUAAACAUAAGCGAAUAUCAUCGAAAAAUUCUAAAAAACGAACACCUCGGGAGGAGAAUAAAGCUAAUAAUUUUCAAACCGAUCAAGUACAAUCAAAAACUUUACAUGAUUAUAAUGAUGACGGUUUCGAAUAUGAUAUCAACGAUAGUCUCUGUUCAUUGACGAGCGAUAUCGCUGCUGAAAAACAGGAUCAUGACAGUGCAUACAGUACAUGGAAAAUUGAGACAUUUAAUUAUGACGCCGCAAUAACAACAAAAUCUAUUAGCGCCAAUAAGUGCAUAUCGGAUGCUAAUAUCGGGUGCCAUUAUAAUCUGCGAUCUCGUAAAAAGCAUGUAGAAGUAACGGUUUCUCCUUCAUUGAUACAGAAAUCGAGACAUAGACGACUUUCAGCGGGAAAGCGGUCUUCGUCAAAGAAGUGUAAAUCUGCGAAGGAUCUGUCAAAGAAAAAAAAGGGAAAUAAAGAUGAAAUAAUAUCUUCCAACUGGUUGGACUUUACUGUAGAAGUGUUGAAUUCAGAACAUGUAAUUCUUACAUCAAUCAAGGUAAUCCUUUCGACGCUUUUUAACAAGAGAACAGCGCAAGAAUAUGCCGUACAUAGAUGUUGGAAGGACAGUUUGGAAGAGCAAGCUGUAAACGCGAUAUUAAAUGUAGUGGAUAUUCUUAGGCUGGAGAAAAAGUCCGAUAUAUGCACAAAAGAAAUUGAAAAGGCAAUAGUCGAAACUUUAGACGAGAUGUUGACAAGUUUAGAACUAAAUGAAACGUCUAUAUGGAUAUAUCGCAUACAAAUAAUACUAAAGUUUUGUAAUUUGUUGCCGAUAUGCAUCAAAACGAUCAAUUAUCUGCUUACGAUAUUAGGAACGCUUCAAGAUGUGCUGAUCAAAGCAGAGAACGAAAAUGAACGGACUACAGAAAUUGAAAUAAAUCAGUUGCAUUUGAUAUCUUACGCUCUAGAUAUGACUCUACGGACAUAUCGUAUAUUAGUGCCAAGAAAUAAAAACUCUCAAUGCGCGAUAUCUUAUAUUGGAAAUCGAUGGAAGAUGCGCUACAGAAUUGAAAACAAGAUGAAACUUGAAGAUACAAGCUUCGAUCUAGAUGUAGAUGUUACUGAGAAAAAAUGGAUAGACGUAUUACAAAAGUUUACAGUAGUAUCCGUGAAACAUUUAAUACAAUUUAGUGACAUUUCAUUCUCGCUAUAUCACAUAUUAAUCUCGGCUUAA